AUGACAAAUCAGUCAGCUACACCACGGGAGGCAACUGUUGCCUUGUGGCCUGAAUGGAAUGAUCAGGAUGUUAACAGUGAGAAAUGGGAUUCCUCGCAGAAACCUAAAGAAAAGACGAAGUCAUCAGCGCAAUCAUCAUCGUAUUUUAUUGAUCCUGAAACGCAAGUUCUUUACCCACCUUCCAUAGUACCUGCGUGUACAAGAAGACCUCAGGAGUUUAUCACCGACAAGACUCCAGUUGUUUAUGAUCCAGACUGUGUAAAUCACAUUGACUUACUGUACUGCAAUGAACAUUUAUUUAACAUUGAAAUAUUAAGAUGGAUUAUAUGUGAAAUACAAAAUCUAUGGCUAGCUUGCAGAACACCAGUAACAACAUCAACACUUCCAGCUGUCAGUAAUCAAACAGAGUCAAAUGAAUUCAGUGUAAUGAAUCCAUCCAGUUCACCAGUGUACACAUACGAAUGGAAACCUUGGGAGCAUAUCUAUGCAAUGACAAAAAUUACUAAAGAUAAUGUCAAUACACCACAGUACAAUCCUUAUGGGAAAUAUAUUGUUAAACUUUAUUGGAUGGGAUGCUGGCGCAAAAUGAUCGUGGACGAUUCGAUCCCAUUUGAUGAAGAAGACAGACCUCUACUUCCACAAACAAAACAACCUCAUGAAUUAUGGCCAAUGCUUUUAACGAAAGCAUUAUUGAAAAUUGCUUCUGUGGAUUGUAGAAGUGCUUAUACUACUGGUGAAAUGGGUGACUUUAGCACUAUCCAGUGUUUAACUGGAUGGAUUAAGCAUACAAUUGUUGUAAAAAAAGAAUCAACAGAAAAACUGUGGGACUAUUUAAGUAAUUAUUUAACAGACUGGGAAAGGCCUGAUGAUGUUAUGAAAAAGGCUGAGAAACUAAUGAAACUUGAGCAGACUGAAACGAUUGAAAAAGUGGAGCACCGAGAUGUGGUUAAUAGUAAAUCAGCCGUAAAUAAAGAGAAGUCAAAGGAUAAAAAAGGGGGAGAUAAAAGCAAAGAAAGCGCCAAGGAGAAGAAAGAUCAAACAACGGCUCACGUGUCAUCGGACGAAGUGAAUCCUAAAAUCCCCGAAACAUUAUUAUUUGCAUCAUUCAAAAAUACUGUUUCAUCAUUGGCGUGUCUAUCAACUUCUGAAUCUAAGACCGCAUUCAAAAUUAAAGAAUUUGGAUUUACUUGUUCAGAUGCCUAUCCGAUUUGCGUGGCGAAACGUCGCGUCAUACCGAUUAUUCCACCGUCUCCUGAAAAGCCUAUACCCACAUGGAAGUUGAUAAGACCGAGGCCACCGGAUUUUCCUUUUAAUUCAUGCGAUAAGGAAAAUGUUACAGACAAGGAAAAAGAGCCCAUACGUUCUUUACUUCUCUGGACACCCGUACAAGAGCAUAUAUUCUAUGAGCCAGAGAAAAUAGUAGCAAAUCCUUCAACUUCUACUGCUGAAUCGUCUUAUACAUCUAGUUCAUCACCUGAUACUGGACGACAAACUGCUGGUGCAGUUAAGGGUAGAUCAGGCUCUCAAGGUCCACUUGGACGUCGCAGAAAGGAAUCAGCCUCAACUAUUCAAAGUUCAACAAAAUACCCAAAAAGGGCAUCACGUGAAGACAUUCAAAAGAAAGCUUCAGGUGGCAAGUCAAAAGAAGUUAAAGGAAGCAAUCGAACGGAAACAGUUGGCUCACGUUCAAGCGAUUCUUUGCAGUUAAGUCGUAUGAAGUCAAAUGCUGAAGAGACUGUUUUAGAAAUCUUACCAGUUAAAUCUGUCUCAGUGACCAGUCCUAAAGAAGUCUGGCUUGAUAUAAGUGAUUUUUGUCAAAUAUUUAGUAUUCAUCCAUGCGAAAUUAUCUUUCAAUUAUCAGUUGUUUAUCAAUGGCCAUUACCUGUUGUCAAAACAUUUAGUCCAUCCUAUUCUCGGGGAUUUUCUUAUAUACCUGAAACAGAGGCAACUAUAACAGUUCCAGCUAAUGAACGUCAUAGUACUCAUAAUUUACCAGUGGUCACUACAACGUCAGCUUCAAAUACCGGGGACUUUAUUCCACACUCACGAAACAACUCACCAGAUGACUCACAUUCCACAACAAAUGAAGCUAAUCAGCCUGUUAUGCCAACUGAUCCUCCAUCAACUCUCUUAGUUGAGUGUUAUCACUGGAAUGAAUCUAGACAAGGUGAUCCAAUUAAGCGUCUUGAAACAACUGGGAGUCGUGCAAUCUCGCUGCUACUGCCUUCGAAUAGACACUGUUACAAACUGAGUAUAUCAGCUCCAUUGGGUUAUGCACUUACUAUUCUUGCGCGCUUACGUUCGUCAUCAGCAGAAAACUCCAACUCACCUGCUAAAGGUCUCCAAUCAAUCAAUAUACUUCUUGGUGACAGUAAUCAUAUUCUUACAAAUGGUAUAUCAACUUGUCCAUUGAUGAUAAGGUAUUACGCAAACCAGGUUAUUAGUUGUCUGGUUUCUAUAGGAACUCAUCUGGAAGCAUUAGUAAGUUUGAAUGAUUCACGAAAUCAACAAAUUAUUGAAUCUAUUAAUAAUAACCAAAUGAAGCCAGAUAAAGCAUCAACAUCUGGAAGCUUGAUAAAUAGUUUGGAAUUAGAUGAACUGGAAUACAAGACAUUGGAAAACUUAGAAAACAAACAAAGAGAACUGAAAGAACUAUUAGCUAUAUGGCCUAAUCGUAAGUUGUUCAAACCAAUCUUGUUAUCAAUACUGCAAAGUUUGAUAGGAGAUAAUGGGACUGCAGAUAUGAAUUUUGCAUGGCGUAUAUUACAAAUGGAUUAUACUACUUUGAAUCCAUUCAAGGUGUUCUAUGGUCAUGACAUUGUUUCUAACCCACCACCAACAACGAUAACGAAACAAAAAUCUAAAGCUUCUGGGUCACGUGGAGAGAAGACUAUGCAACCUGUGAAGGCUAACACAGUCGAAGAGACAUUUAUCAACCGCUGGAGUAAACCAGUUGAUCCGGACAUACUAAUUGCUAUAGUGCGCAUACAAUCAUUAUUUCGUGGACAUCGCAUUCGAAGUGCGACACUUCUAAACCAGACAAGGUUUAUUGUGGAAACGCUUUCUUCUACCAACUCACGCUCAGAUACUGAAAACACUGAAACAAAAUCGAGAUAUUUUAUGCGUAAGAUACUACUAAGAAAAAUUAAACGUUUAUCAAAUGGUUGGAUGAAUUGCUUAAAUAUAUUACAACAAGGACAUAAUCAAUAUGAGGUUGGAAAUGAACUUAUUCAAAGGUUGAUCUUAUCCAAUUCUUCAGUGGUAAAUAACUGUGCGAUACAGACAAGACUGAAUGAAGAUCUUAAUCUGUAUCUAAGUGUCAAAGAAUAUUCCGGUACAUAUCCUGAAAUACCUUCAGAAUAUCCUAUGCAUCACACAGGACCUUCAAAUUAUGCAGAAAAACCCACUAGCUUAUUUUAUAAGGACUGGAUUCAUCUUUUGUUCCGCGAUUGUAUUUAUUUACCAAAUUCAAUGAACAAUGUACCUAUGGUAUCAGAGAAAGUGAAGUAUUCAAUUCAGAUGAAAACUGUACUACCUCACAGUUAUAUCUUGUUGAUAAACAAUGAUAAUGGCGUAACUGUUCGACCAUCAGUAGACUUCCCAUACACUUGGUUACAUCUACCUGAAAACAAAAUGGGUUAUAGUUUAUUGGGUGUUGCAGGCAGUGGACCGGCACCAAAUGGAAAAUGGAGUUUACAAAUUUUGGGUCCAGGUAUUAUGGGAAUUGAAAGACUGCCCAAGCCAGUGAAUGCUUCGUCUCAAAGUUUAUGCUCAAAUUUCCAUAUACUUGAAUUAGAAGAUUACUAUGAACCAAAUUCUAGUGGUUUAUUAUUUCGACGUCGAAUAUGUGCUAGUAAUGACAGCUUGAUAACAGUUCAGUUGCGAUUAUCUGUUCCGAAUGUACAUACACGAUUAUGCAUUAAAAUGGGUGACAAAGAGGUAGUAUCUGAUGACGGUUAUGGUGGUGCAUGUAUUUUCGCCUACAUGUUAUUAUCUGAUACAUUGUCGUCGUCAGAUGGUCGAAAAAGUCGAGCGUCAAAUUCAGGACGUCUUCUAGAGGCCUCAAAAACUGAAGUUAUUAAAUCAAGUCCUAGAGAAAUGAUGAAUCCAAAACUUACAGCAGUCAAAUCAAAUACUGCCAGAGUAUCUCCACGAAAAUCCACGACACCCAAGAAAAACAUAAAACCAGGGAGUGGUUCAAGUAGUUCUACUGGCGGUAGUACGGUAGGCAGUAGUGGCGGCAGCAGUGGUAUUAGCAGUGCUCACAAUGAAAGAAAUAGUCGUCCCGUUUCGAGUGAACCAAUUUCUGUUCAAGGGGAUAAAGAAAAUCCCCUGAAAGAUGAGGAUCGAUAUUAUUGGAUUGAAGCCUUUGUCGAUGUUAAACAGUGGCCAUUAAGUAUCAGCAAUUGGUCAUUUUUAGAGGAAAAGCGGUUAGCUAAACUUGAAGAAUGUCAAGUGAAUAAUCCGUCUAGAAGUGCUUCAGCUGAUAAAAGUUCCAGUGGUAGAACCAUAAAAUCUGCAACAAAGUCUGCUGGAGGUAAAUCCAGCGGUGUUGGUCAAAAAUCUGGUUCUGGACGUGGUAAUUCGGCGAAAAUUGAUAUAAAUCAGGCUCAUUGGAAAAUGAGAAUAAUUUGUAAUAACGCUAGUGAUGUGAAAUUAAUAAAUGCGGAUAGUAGAACUGCAGAAAUUAAAGCUUUAAAGAGAGCUUGGGAGGAAGUGGAACCAGGAAGAUCGAUGAGAGGUGAACUUUCAAGAACGCGUUAUCUUGAAGAAUAUGGUUUAAUGAAUAGACCGGACUUAAUAAACAAUUUAGAUGAUACUGAGUCAGUCAUUACAGGCAAAUCUGAUGACAGUCAAAUCCAAACUGCUAGAGAACAACCUUUAACAGACCCUUCAUCAGAUCCGUCGAGAAUUUACGUCCUAACAUUCCCACAAGAAUUAAAUCGAACUAUCAGUCUUGUAAAACCGGUUGAAUUACAAAAGUUCACCAUGAAACCAGAUGAAGUUGAGUUGAAUCGAAUUGACGAGGCAAGUAAAUUGGUUGGUCCAGAUACAGAACAAUGGUUUAUUGCAUCGCGUUACCUACAGCAAGUCAAACUGUUGUCAAAUAAUGAUAUGGAUAAAAUGAUAAAAGUGAAACGGGAAAUAUUUAACAAACUGAUGCAUAACUUGGAAGUAGAACUAGCCGAUCAUAAAAAGAAACGUGGUUUGUGUAAACAAAAUCACAUUGUUAUGCUCAAAACCGCUCAGUUUUUGAACGAUGAAGCUCACUUUAAAUACUAUGACAUGUGUACAACGUACAGGAAUAAUUUAAUCAAACAAUAUAAAGAGGAGAAAGAAGCACUUUUGAAUGAAGGUGCUGACUACUGUGCUGUUGAACCAGUUGUAAGUCAACAGAAAAGUCCUAAAAAAGAAAGAAUAAAGUCAUCAAGAAGUUCAAAGUCAGGCUCAAAAAGUCGUCCCAGUUCAAUUAAAAGAAGGAGUUAA